GUACCUGCAGGCCACUCCGCUUGUUCCAGGUGAAAAUGGACCCUGGAUACCCGCUCAGAGCCAAGAGCAGUUCGUGGAUCAUUCCCGCGGCGGACCUCGAGUCCCUAUAUCCGUCGCACCCUCUUCCAGAGCCUCACCAGGCGACCAAAGAGGCGAGCGCUCCCUCCUCUACACGCGCACAGGACCCCGGGACGGGCAGUUCCUCCUGACUGUACCCGCCGACACUACUGCUGAGGAGAGCUGACGGGAAGCCGGGAAGGGGUCGGCGCGCCGCGUCCCGGAAGUGAGCCUCGCUCGGCUGGGCCCACUCGCUGGCUCCAGCGGGUGCUCCGCAGGAGUCGCGGGAGGUUCCCUUGCGCAUGCGCCUCCAGCCCCCGGGUCGGCCGCUCGGACUUCCGGUUUGGGAGCUGGACUGGGAGGCUGGAGAACCCGGGCUGGAGCCCUACCCCGAGUGGGUGAGGCUAGCCCGCGGUCAGAAAUGCGAGUGGGUUGAGCGACAGCCCGAGAGGGAGAAGCUCCCAGGGGUGGGUCGGAGGGUGCUCUCAGGGCGCUUAGCCCGGUGGAGGCCUCUGGAGGGGCUCACGACGGCUUUCGAGAGUGACCUGGCCGGAGGGAGAGAAGACAAAGAGGCCGGAACCCCGCACCCGCGAACCUUGCAGCCCUCGGAGCGCCUGGCCAGCACCCGAGCUCGUCCUCAGGAGACCCAUGACUACUGCCCCUUCGGACUCCCACUCUCCACCAACUCAGUGGGACUCUCCCCAAGCCCACCCGGCCCUCGCUUCAGGAGCCAAAACCAACUUCUCUCAAUGCGCGAGGUUUCCAGUCACUAGUUCCCGGCUAUUUACUGAGCGGUUACUUAUGCUGUGAGGGAGAACAAAGACCCAGUAUUCAGAGGAAACUCUUCUUACAGAGAGAGACUCAUCUGCAGGUGAUUCUCCAAGGACAUGAGAAGAUGGGUGUAAGCCCUGGAACCUAGACCCUUAAGUGGAGGGAAGCUGCUUUCUGCUGUGAACGAUGGCCAAACCCACCCUGAGAGGGAAUGGCACUAACUCUGAGACCUUCCGACAGCGCUUCAGGAGAUUUCAUUACCAGGAGGUAGCUGGGCCCCGGGAGGCUUUCAGCCAACUCUGGGAACUUUGCUGUCGGUGGCUAAGGCCGGAGGUGCGCACCAAGGAGCAGAUUGUAGAAUUGUUGGUGCUAGAGCAGUUCCUGACCGUCUUACCUGGGGAGAUCCAGAAAUGGGUACAAAAGCAAUGUCCAGAAAGUGGAGAGGAGGCAGUGGCUCUGGUGGAAGAUUUAGAAAGAGAGCCUGGAAGACCUGGACGUUCGGUCACAGUCUCUGUGAAGGGGCAGGAAGUGCGCUUGGAGAAGAUGACACCCCUGAAAUCAUCACGAGAGUUAUUAAGUGUUCGGCAGGAGUCAGUGGAACCCCAGCCCAGGGGUGUACCCAAGAAAGAGAGGGCAAGAAACCCAGACCUGGGACCACAGGAGCAGAUGCACCCAAAGGAGAAGCUCAGACCUUUUCAAAGGAGCGCAGGAUUUCCAUUUCCUAAAUCCAGUGUGGUCUCCAAGUUGGAGCAAGGAGAGCCAUGGAUCCCAGAUCUGGGCUCCAAGGAGAAGGAACUCCCAAGAGGCAGUCACACAGGAGACAGACGAAUGCAUGCUGAUCUGUUACCAUCCAGGAGAGAGAGAAGAAGCUGGGUGGAACAGGAUCACUGGGGCUUCGAGGAUGAGAAGGUGGCAGGUGUGCACUGGGGCUAUGAAGAAACCAGAACUCUCCUCGCAAUUCUCAGUCAAACUGAGUUUUACGAGGCUCUCCGAAACUGUCAUCGGAACAGCCAAGUGUAUGGGGCUGUGGCUGAGCGGCUCCGGGAGUAUGGGUUCCUCCGGACCCUGGAGCAGUGUAGGACCAAGUUCAAAGGUCUCCAGAAGAGCUAUCGGAAAGUCAAGAGUGGCCACCCACCUGAAACCUGCCCCUUCUUUGAAGAGAUGGAAGCCCUGAUGAGUGCCCAGGUCAUUGCCCUGCCCAGUAAUGGCCUGGAGGAGGCAGCCUCUCACUCUGGCCUGGUGGGCAGUGAUGCUGAGACUGAGGAGCCAGAGCAACAGGACUGGCAGCAUAAGGAGGGAGAAGAUGCCAUGGCUGAAGAGUCUGACAGUGAGGAAGUGGGCCAGGAGGCCACCCCCCAGGACCCCGACAACUCCACCACACCCGUCCUUUUCCGAAGCCCAAGUGGUGUACACUGGGGCUAUGAAGAGACAAAGACCUACCUUGCAAUUCUUAGUGAGACUCAGUUUUAUGAAGCCCUCCAGAACUGCCACCGCAACAGCCAGUUGUAUGGAGCAGUGGCUGAGCGGUUAUGGGAAUAUGGCUUCCUUAGGACACCAGAGCAGUGUCGGACCAAGUUUAAAAGCCUCCACACCAGCUAUCGGAAGGUCAAGAAUGGCCAAGCACCAGAGACCUGUCCCUUCUUUGAAGAGAUGGAUGCUUUGGUGAGUGCCCGGGGUGCUGCCCUGCCCAGUGAUGGCCGGGAAGAGGAGGCAGCCUUGUGUCCCACCCAGGAGACCAGUGAGGCCGAAGCCGAGAAGCAAGCCGAGGAAGCAGAUGAGGCCAUAGAAGAAGAUUCUGAAGAUGAUGAAGAGGAUACCGAGGUACCCCCAGAGGCUAUGACCCGUGCUCCAGUCUUAUUUCAGAGCCCCAGUGGUUUUGAGGCUGGAUUUGAGAAUGAAGAGAAUCUAAAACGGGAUAUUGCUGAGGAAGUACAACUACACAGGACGUUACUUGCAAGGUCUGAGAGGAAAUUUCCCCGGCAUCUUAAUCAAGGUAAAGGCACUGAGAGUGAAUGUAGAUCAGGAAGACAGUGGGAGAAGACCCCAGGGGAGAGAAGAGGAAAACCAACAUUCCCAGAGAAGAGUUUAGGUAAAGUUCUAAGUCAUCAGAGACCUUACUUGGGGGAGAGACCCUAUAAAUAUCUCAGAUAUGGCAAAAGCUUUGGUCCAAACUCCCAUCUCGUGCAUCAGAUAUCCCCUCAAGUAGAAAAUCCAUAUAAAUGUGCUGACUGUGGGAAAAGCUUCAGUCGGAGUGCACGCCUCAUUAGACACCGGAGAAUCCACACUGGAGAGAAACCUUACAAAUGUCUUGACUGUGGGAAAAGCUUCCGUGACAGUUCAAAUUUCAUCACCCAUAGAAGAAUCCACACAGGAGAGAAACCAUAUCAGUGUGGUGAGUGUGGAAAACGCUUCAACCAGAGCUCAAGCCUUAUCAUUCACCAGAGAACCCACACAGGAGAAAAGCCCUAUCAGUGUGAAGAGUGUGGAAAAAGCUUCAAUAACAGUUCUCAUUUUAGUGCACAUCGAAGGAUACACACAGGAGAGAGACCCCAUGUGUGUCCUGACUGUGGAAAGAGUUUCAGUAAGAGUUCUGACUUACGUGCACACCACAGAACCCACACAGGAGAGAAACCCUAUGGGUGUCAUGACUGUGGCAAGUGCUUCAGUAAAAGCUCUGCUCUUAAUAAGCACCGAGAGAUCCACACACGAGAAAAACUUCUCUCACAGCCAGCCCCUAAGUAAGCCCCUGAGGAUCUAUGAAGAAAACAGUUUCAUUACAUGUACUGAAAUUGUUUAGAAAAGUCCUCCAAUAGUGAGAUCCAUCUCCUAAUCUGUGCCUGGCUAGUUUAGGAAAUACUCUAGAAUUUACCCCACUGUUUGUUCCUAUGUUUCUCCUGGAUCUAGAGUCAAAUUCCCAAAGCAUCUUAAGAAUGAAAGGAAGAUUUCAUUUCCUCUCCUGGCCUUUAUUGACGGUUAACACCUUUCCCUCUCAGUGCCUAUGUUGUUCCCUUAAUAGAGAGGACACAGUAGUAGAUCCUAUGAGUUUGACGUGCACCCUUCUUUACUCAUCCUGUUAUAAACUGCAUUUCAACUAGAAAAACCCAUCACAGCAGCAUUUCAUGGAGAAGUAGUGAGAAUUCUCAUUGAAUGGGUGUAGCUCUUUAUAUAGCAAUGGAAAUGCAAAAAAGAAUGACUUUUCCUGCUCACUUAACCCUGUGCUCAGAAUGACAUAUUUGUCAUGCACACUCUUCCUUUACCUUAAAGAAGGAGAGUUUAAGUGUCCAAUUUGGUUCUGACCUAUAAGUCAUUUUGUCAAGAACCUAGGUGUGCUAUAUGGGGAAACAAUGUAAACCUCGUAUAAAUAUUGAGGUGUGAACCCUGGAUUUCUUAGUUUCUUCCAAGCCCUAGAAGCUUUGGAAUAGAAAAAUACUGUAUUUACAGCGUCUGGUGUGAUUUUUUUUUUCUGGUCCAUCUCAUCUGAAUUUCAUGUGUCCCUUGUGGUCCAGAAGCCUAAAGAGCAAGCCAGUUGGAUGCGGUGAUAGGGAAAGCAGUUAGAACUGCCAAGAGGGAAUUGUCCAUAUUCCACACACUCUAAACACCUGGGCUAGUGUCCUGCACCCUGUGGACAUAAUACUGACCUGCAAUGCGCAGAGGCCACUUGCCACAUUCCCACGGAUUAGGAAAACAGACCACUUUGUGCCAACAACUCUUUACCCUAAUGGUAAGGAGGACAGAUUAUCUUUGGUCAGUGGAGUUGACAAUACUUACACACACACAUGCACACAUAUUCAAAUGUAUACAUCUACUUUUAAAAGCAGCUCUUCAAAUGCAAGUGUAAUUCUGAUCUUUAUGAUCAAAUAGUAUUGAACUAAUUGCCCACAUGUUCAUAGCAGUAUGAUGAGCGGGUACAGCACAAGUUAAACAGACCCUGUCCUCUUCCUUACAACCUAAAACAGAUGACACUGACAUGGACAAAUAGUACACAUGUAUAGCUGCAACAGUUUUAGAGAAAUCUAGAAAGCUAGGUAGUAACACUAUGCAUAAAACUUAAGGUCUAAUGCAUUAGAGUUUGGAAAAAAUUUGAGAGGUAUUUUCUUCUCUUUAAUCAGGAAGGCUUCAUGAAGCAGGAAGUGCUCAGAGGGAAGGUUACUAGGUGGGAUGAACUUUCCAAAACUCAUUGCAAAACUGAGUGCUGAAUGGGUGAGAAAUGGGAAAACUGGGGAGCAAGGGAGCAGAGGGCAAAGGACAGACUGUAAGGAAGGUUAGACAAAGCUUGGAGUAGCACAAAAUUGGAGGGGUAGCAAGAUACGGGCCGUGCAGAAGGCAGAGAGGGACUCGCCUCAGCUAAAACAUGGAGUACCAGGCAGAUAGGAGAUGGGCUCCCAUCCUCCAGAGUAAAUCAGGUACUGUGCUGUGCUUACUGACAGGGAAACAGCUGACUGGCGCUGGGGAAGAAGGAUGAGCAGUCUUAGGGGACUAGCUCCUAUGGGAGACGAAGGUCAGAAACCAGUAUCUUAAGAAGAUACUUCAAUGGGCAGUUCAGAGGAAAGAAGAAAGUGAGUGAUGGCCAAGGCCUGGGAUAAGUAGCUGCAUCAUUAGUCACAUUGAAUGAGUUGGGAUGGGAGUGAGAUCUGAGAGAGAAGUGGGGAGGUAGAAUUUUCUAAAAUCCAUAGCUUACUAUGGUAGAUGAAAGAUUAAUUAGGGUUCUGGUGCUGAGGGAAUUUCCUAAUUCCUAACUCUUACGAAUUAAGGGGAGAUGGUGUCUCAAUUAUGUUGCCUAAGCAGACAGGAAGAUACAAGAAACACGAGUCUAAAGCAAUGCCUCGGGAUCUGAGAUAGUUUAGGAAGUGUGCUAUAGUGUUUUUUAAAAAAUGAGAGAUCACUGUCUUCAGUAUAUCUAUGUAUAGUCUUGUGGGAAAAGCACUGGUUGUGGUACCAACAGAUACAAAUUCUGGUUCCAGAUGUCUUAUGUGUAAGUCAACCUGCCUCCAUUUCCCUUUCUGUAAAGCAGAACAGUGUUUACACCUUAAUCUGCCUCUCAGGGAUAUCAUGUUAAUAAA